AUGGCAGAUACCACAGGCCAACCAGAGAGCGCUAAUGCCCCUAGCAAAAACGCUUUGAAAAAGGCACAGAAAGAGAAAGAAAAGGCUGAGAAGAAAGCAGCAGCCAAAAAAGCUCAGGAAGAGAAGCAAACCGUCGUAGUUGAAGAGGAUAUUGCAAAGGACAAUUACGGCGUUCUUCCUGCGGGUUACUCUUCUGCAGUGACAGAACUUCCCCAAUUGACAGAGGACUAUGCCACAAAAGAGGUUACCGUUAUUGCUAGAAUACACAACUCAAGAAGCCAAAGUGCAAAAUUGGCAUUUCUGAUGUUGCGAGAAGACGGCGAGACCAUUCAGGCCGUUCUGGCUGCUGGCAUGAAAGAGGUAUCGAAACAGAUGGUGAAAUGGGCAGUCGGCGUGAGCAUGAACUCGGUUGUCAGAGUUACUGGGUUGGUGCAGAAACCCGACCCUCCAGUCGCUUCGGCCAGCAUCAGCACUCUCGAAAUCCAUGUGCAAAAGAUCUACCUCGAAUCCGAGACCACUAUUCUACCGAUGCAAGUCAAAGAUGCUGAGCGACCACCUCCGGAAUCGACCGAAGAAGGCCAAGUGGACGCAGAGGGUGCGCCUCUUGUCACAUUGAAAACGCGGCUCGAUUAUCGAGUGAUCGAUUUGCAGACCGCUUGUAACCAGGCCAUACUCGACAUAUCAAGUGGUGUCAAAACACUCUUUUCUGAAUACUUGCUCAAGCGGAACUUCAAAUGGGUCGACAGCCCAAAGCUGCUUGGAGCUGCUACAGAAGGUGGCGGUGGGGUGUUCGAAGUCUCGAAUUAUUUUGGAAAAAAGGCAUACCUGGCCCAAAGCCCGCAGUUUUACAAACAGAUGUUGAUCGCCGGUGACUGCAAAAGAGUCUUCGAGAUAGCGCCUGUCUUCCGGGCGGAGAACAGUAAUACUCACCGACAUAUGACGGAGUUUACUGGGCUUGAUUUCGAAAUGGUCUUCAAUCAGCACUAUCACGAAGUUCUGACGUUCGCCGAAGAUAUGAUCGUGUUCAUUAUAACAGAGCUACAAGAACGGUACAAGAAGCAGAUCGCGAUAGUGCAAAAGACAUAUCCCAAAGCCGGAGGCUUUCGAAUCAAAGAUGGCAAGGCAAAGCGAUUCACCUAUCUGGAAGGGGUCAAGAUGCUGAAAGAUGCGGGUGUCGACACAUCAGAACAGGAUAGGUUUGAGAAUGAUCUCACCACCGCAAUGGAGAAGAAGCUUGGUCAACUUGUUCGAGAAAAAUACGACACCGACUUCUACGUUCUCGAUGAAUUCCCAAUGUCAGUGCGACCAUUCUACACAAAGCAACACCCUACCAACAAAGACCUUUCGAACUCAUACGACUUCUUCAUGCGAGGAGAGGAGAUCAUGUCUGGUGCCCAACGGAUCAAUGAUGCCAGAGAGUUGGAGGAUGCGAUGCGUGCAAAGGGCGUGGAGCCUUCACAGGAAGGGUUUGCUGAUUACGUCAAUGCCUUCAAGCAGGGCUGCAGGAGGCACGCUGGAGGAGGGUUGGGGUUGAAUCGCAUUGUGCAGUUCUUCUUGGGCUUGGAUAAUGUCCGACAGGCCACACCAUUCCCUCGAGAUCCUCAGCGAUUGCGGCCAUGA